AUUCCCUGCCCCCCUCUCUCUCUCUAUAUAUAUGGUCCUCUUCCUCGUCCCAUCAAAAUUGAAGCCUUGGCACCGUAUGUAUGGAAUUUCCACUCAUGAAUCCCACAGGGAAAUCUCCCAGGAGAUCCUCUGAACUCCAAGGUCCACGUCCCACGCCUCUCAGGAUCAACAAGGACUCUCACAACAUCAAGAAGCCCCCACUUCCUCCUCGCCAACCCAUUAUCAUCUACACUGUUUCUCCCAAGAUUAUCCACACCACUCCUUCUGAUUUCAUGACCCUCGUUCAGCGCCUCACUGGAUCUCACUCCUCUUCUAAUAAUACUUCGUCUUCCUCAAACCACGAUCCUUUCACUUGUGUUGCUCACGAUGAUGAUGGCGCUGCGGUGUCGCCUGCAGCACGUUUCGCCGCCAUAGAGAAGGCCGGGUCGUUGCCCAAGAAUAAGAUUCAGCAUCCGAAUGUUGACGUAGGUGUUGCCGAUGGGGCGGAGAUCAGCGGCGCCAAGAAGACCGUGUCUCAUGGGAUUUUGUCGCCGGGACCCACUUCCUUGUCUCCGAUCCCUUCGAGUUUCUUUUCACCACCGUCGACAUCGGAGCCCGGCGUGGUUGGCCUUUUUCAUGAUUUGAGCCCCGUGCUUCAUAGCGGCAGGAAUUUAAUGGAGGGUGGUUUCGUCCCUAGCCCUUCUAAUUACUUUGUUUCGCCUCGUACUAUUGAUUUAUUCCACACUUUAUUUAACUAAUUAAUGAUUAAUGACUAGUUAAUAUAAUUUCCUAGUUUUUCUACACAUUUCAUGUUGUAGUUAGUUUCUCAGACAAAGGAUAUGGGCAUAUACAUGCAAAUCAAGCUUAAAUUGGAAAUUUGUUUUGUUGCUCUUUUGGACUUGGAGGCUAGCAGAUGGAAACUUCUCAAUGGAUUUAUCAUUGAUAUACCAUCGAAUAUUUCCUUUGAUGAUGAGUGGGCCAUAAUAUCACUAGAUUAAUUCGUUGACGCCAUUUUUGUCAUGUUUCAUCAAUAUGGCACUGGUAAUUAGUGACUUGGCUCGCUCUAUAUAUUAAUUGCUAUGCUUGAGUUCCCAUC